GCCAAGGCCAAUAAAAGAAAUAGUUACUUUUAUUGAGAUUGAAGAACUAGCCAACAAGGCAAUUUCCUUUUCAUGCCUCUCUCGCGCAAUUGCACAAACAUAUGGGAGACGUUAUAUUAAGCCAGAAUGGGCAUUUAAUCCCACCAUCAUUUUGGGUUACUGUUUAACUCUUCUCUAUCUUUUACGUGACCAUACCCCCAUUUACUCGUCAAUUCCCAUAAAACUCAUCAAUUACACGUGCCAAUUCAAGCUCCUGUGAACUCAAUAGUAUCUGGGCAAUGCUUCCUCUCUCACCCGCCAUUGGCGCUUGGACUAAUGAAGCUUUUGUCGCCUGAAACCACCCCAUUCUCACUCUUUGCAUUUCAAACCCAAUCUCCCGUCUUCCGCAUUUUGACAUCUUUUCUUGAGCCACCACUUCUACUCCUUUCUUUCUCCUCCCACUGAUUCCAGUCGAAUUUUAACAGGUUCUUUCCUUAACUGGAAACCCGUUUCUGUUUUAAUUGUUUCCUUGUUAAUUACUUGGUCAACCCACUGAGAUCUAUACCAACAAACGGGGAAAAAUAGCCCCUUUGAUGCAGCUUGUGCUCCGAACCCAAAGUUAGCGUUUUCGCAAUUUGGGAAUUUUUAUCAUGUCCGGGGCGGGUCACGCCGUCGAGCACCGUGUUGGGUUGCCGGAGAUGGAUACAAACCCCAACCGCUCCGGUUGUUGCAACCCGGUUAAGAAAUCGGGUCCUAUAUCAAUGGAUCAUGUCCUGUUGGCAUUGCGGGAAACCAAAGAAGAGAGGGAUGUUAGAUUACGGAGUCUGUUUAAUUUCUUUGACGCCUCGAAUACUGGAUACUUGGAUUACGCGCAGAUCGAGGCAGGAUUAUCGGCGCUGCAGAUUCCGGCGGAGUAUAAAUACGCUAAGGAUUUGUUGAAGGUUUGCGAUGCGAAUAGGGAUGGACGGGUAGAUUAUCAGGAGUUUAGGAGGUAUAUGGACGAUAAAGAGCUGGAGCUGUACCGGAUUUUUCAGGCUAUUGAUGUGGAACACAACGGGUGCAUUUUGCCUGAAGAGUUAUGGGAUGCGCUUGUCAAGGCUGUUUCUGCUUCACAGGGAUUGAAAUCGAUGAUGAGGAGCUUGCCCGUUUUGUGGAGCAUGUUGAUAAGGAUAAUAAUGGAAUUAUAACUUUUGAAGAAUGGAGAGAUUUUCUUUUGCUUUAUCCACAUGAAGCUACAAUUGAAAACAUAUACCAUUACUGGGAAAGGGUAUGCCUCGUAGAUAUUGGAGAGCAAGCUGUUAUUCCAGAAGGCAUCAGUGAGCAUGUUAAUAGGAGUAAAUAUUUUAUUGCAGGGGGAAUAGCAGGAGCUGCCUCUCGUACUGCAACUGCUCCACUUGAUCGCUUGAAGGUGUUUUUGCAAGUUCAGACAACACAUGCUCGUUUUGUUUCUGCUGUAAAGAAGAUUUGGAAACAAGAUGGCUUAUUGGGUUUCUUUCGAGGUAAUGGAAUAAAUGUUGUGAAGGUAGCACCAGAAAGCGCUAUUAAGUUUUAUUCUUAUGAAUUGUUGAAGAACGUCAUUGGGGAUUUUAAGGGGGGAGACAAAGAUGUUAUAGGUCCUGCUGAGAGACUUUUGGCCGGUGGAAUGGCUGGUGCAGUGGCACAAACUGCUAUCUAUCCAUUAGAUCUUGUGAAAACUCGAUUGCAAGUUUGUGAAGGUGGAAAUGCUCCGAAGCUGGGAGCUCUAACAAAGAAUAUAUGGGUUCAGGAAGGACCACGAGCCUUUUAUAAAGGCCUUGUGCCAUCUCUUCUUGGAAUGAUACCUUAUGCUGGCAUUGACCUUGCUGCCUAUGAAACGCUGAAAGACAUGUCAAAGACAUAUAUUCUGCAUGACAGUGAACCGGGUCCUCUUGUGCAAUUGGGUUGUGGGACAGUCUCAGCAGCCUUUGGAGCAUCAUGUGUUUAUCCCUUGCAGGUUAUUAGAACCAGAAUGCAAGCACAACGUUCUAAUUCUGCUGCUGCUUAUAAGGGUAUGUCUGAUGUAUUUUGGAGAACACUCCAGAAUGAAGGUUAUAGAGGUUUCUACAAAGGACUCUUCCCAAAUCUUCUCAAGGUUGUGCCAUCUGCAAGCAUAACAUAUUUGGUUUACGAAGCUAUGAAAAAGAGUCUGGAUCUUUGAUUGGGGGGCACUGUAGUCACGUCCUGUGGCAACUAAAAGGAUUUCAGAUAUGGAAAUGGUCAUAUGCCGAUGAUGACGAAAAUAAGAAUAGGAUUGCUAGUCAAGUAGGCAAUACAAUUAUUUGAGACUUGUUGAGUUAUAGAAAAGACGGUAAUUCCCCUUCGUAAAUUGGGGCACAUAGUUUUGUUAGCCGAAGAGGUUUUUUCCGGAAGCUUAUUAGCCUUAUCAAGGUAGCGCUGAGAAACAAUAUCAUAUGACAUCAUAAUGUCCGACUUUUGAAGGUGAUGGGUCUUCUUCAUUUUCUUCUCUCGCCAUUCCCACUUUUGUUUCAAACUUGUGAUUACAUUAUCUCUAAGAUGACAACUUCUAAUUUUCAUUA